GUACUACUUCCGGUUACAAUGACAGCGCGCGAGCUACGUAGUUAGCAAAAUACAAGUUCUAGCUAACAGGCAGCUGAAUAUGAAUGUAUAUUUUAUUGAACAACAUAAUCCCGUUAAGUGUAACGCUAAUGGACUAACUAAGUAAUGUUUUUAUAGGGUCAUUUGAGCUAUUCGGUAAGCUUAUUUGGGCGGGUUUUAGACUAGUAGCUACUAGCUUGCUAACAAUGUCCUCGUCAUCGUGGGCAGCUCCAUCAGAACGCCAGGGGCAAGUGGGGGAUCUCAAAACCAAGAGCAAAGAAGAACUUGGUGAAUUACUGUCACGCCAAGAUAAAUUAUUAUCUAACAAGAGGUUUAUACAGACCCUUCCAGACAAAGGGAAGAAGAUCUCAGACUUUGCAGAGAGAAUAUGCCUUGCUCUUGCCCACAAUGAAGAAGAGGAGAGGAAGCAAGAUAUGCUAUCAUCUGUCAGGACAGAGCUGCAGUCUAAAUACCAGCAGGCUUUGACACAAAGACCACGUGGUAGCCAGAAUAAACCAGGAACUUCCCAACAUAGGAGACAAGCUGGGGACACAGCUCCUGGAAAUGUCCAAGAAUUGGACAUCUCACCUCUGUCACCUAAUGUUCAGGAGAGCAAAACAGUUGACACGCUGAAAGAAGACAGUGUGUCCAAAAUAUCUGCUGCUGGAACCAUGAAUAUGGCCCAGGCUGGUGAUGAUGCAGAGGUCUCUCCAGACUCUGACAGGACAAAAGAGAGCGACCUAGCGGAAGCCUUGCAGAGGGUCACUCUGUCUGACCACUCAACUGGCUCGAGUGGAUCCCUUAAAGACACAUUCAACAGACCUGCUACUGGCAACCCCUUCCUUGGAAGGCAGCCACAGAAGAAACCACACUACAUAGAAGUCCUGGAGAGGACUGAGAAGGACCCGGUUACGAGGAGACAGAAGUACAAGCCUAAUCAGUUUGCCCACAACACUGAUGGCUCCCCGUCAGGGUCUCUGUCACCCAACCAAUCCCCUGGAGGCUUAUUACCAUCACCGGUGCUCUCUGUUGAGGCCAGGAGGGAGCGAGACAGGAAGCACAUUGAUGACAUCACUGCGGCCAGGCUCCCACUGCUCCACUAUGGCCCUGCCCAGCUGCUGACACUGGAGCAGUCAGCUGACCUGCUACGCGAACAGACCAGGAAACACCAGGAGUUGCAGGCCAAGCUGGCAGCCCAAAAGCUGUCUGAGGGGCUGAGGUUCAGCACAGGGAGCUAUGUUGUGGAAGGGGGCUCGCUGGGCGCCUACAGGGAGGUUCAUGACGACGGAGCCCAGCUCUCCUCAGAGGAAGACUAAUCCAGGGGGCCGCAGCAAGGAAACUCUGGUGACCCCUGACCUCUGAGACAACAGUCUCUGUGCCCUGCAUCAGGACCUAUGGAAGGAAGGGAAUUGGCAAUUCAAAGAUUAGAGCCCUGCUUGAGGAGAUGGAAAGGGUCAUGGGCAUCGGGUGGUUUUGAAGGCACAGUGGGUGUCCCUGUCUUGUCUAUCCUGGGAGGUAAAUUGUGUGGGUCUUGGUUCACCAUCAAUGAUUCACUGAGUUGUCACCCAGUCAGCAUCCUGUCCAGUUUAUAAGAGCUGCCACAGAACCUUAGGCCUCCUGUUGGGUGAGGAUGUUUUAGUCUCUUGCAGGGAGCAUUAGGUAUGCUAUCUCACCAUGUUGUCAGAGAGUAAAAGAUCAGUUGUGUGAUGAGGCUGCUUACAGUAUUGUCUGGUAUUGUUGACUCACUUGGUGGUUGCAUUUCCAAAAGACUGCAAAGUAAUGACUGUCUGCAUGUGAGAAACAAAGAAAUUAUUUUUUGGGUGAUCUUUUUCUACAGUGUUUCUUAUUGAAAAUAAAACUCUGUUCUUACCA